AUGGAGCAAAUUGUGAGCAUUUUGAAGGAAUUGCCAUCUGUUGCGGAAGACGUUAUUACAAAUAUCGUCAGCAAUCCGGAGACAAGCGAAAUUAUUUUGGAGGCGGGGAAUUCGCGGAAACGCCGCAAAUUGGUAAGUGUUUUACUUACAAGUUACAAUUAGAAUUGAAAAAAAUGGCCUAGGUUUUGGGGGACUAGAAAACCAACAGGUCAGUUGUGUGUAGUUCUCGAGGAACAUGUUUUUGAAGCGAACAAACCGAUUUUCGCGCGGAAAUUAUUAUUUUUCAAAAUUUGAGGCGUUUAACUUGGCUCAUAGGUUUCAUCUGGGCUCUGUAGAAAUUUCCAGAGCCAAAAUGAACCUGUGACAUUUCGAGCGGGAAUUAUUAUUUUUCGAAAUUUGAAAAAUUUUUUUAUAGCUUGAGUAAAUGACAUUUUCAUGGUUUUUUAAGGAAAUGAGUUGAAAUAUUGGGUUAUAAUUUUAUUCAUAUGAUAAAAUGGUCUAAGACGAGCAGAAUGAUAUAAAUUUUGAUGACUUUAGGUUAUCCUUAAGUGAUUUAGCGAAUAUCGACUAAAUAUCGACUAAACGUCGCUAAAUCACUUAUGGUUAACGUAAAGUCAUCAAAAUGUAUAUCAUUCUGUUCGUCUUAGACCAUUCUAUCAUAUGAAUAACAUUAAAACCCAAUAUUUCAAAUCACUUGCUUAAAAAACAUAAAAAUGUCAUUUAGUCGAGCUGUAAAACCUCAAAUUUCAAAAAAUGAAUAAUUUCCGCUCGAAAAUCGGUUAGAAUUUUUCUCCCCAAGAUUGUUCCAAUCUUUUUUGCCCUUCCCAAUCAAAAAAAGAUAGUAAAAUCAUGAUUGAUAACAGAUUUAUCUACAUUGUUUCAUUUUCUCAUCCCUUUCAAACAUUUUCCCCCUAAAAAUGACCCUAACAAAUUGCCUUAGUCAUAAGGUACAAAUUAGGGUCAUCAAUGAUAUCCCCCCUUCUUACUAAUUUUCCCACCCAUUACUAAACAGUAGUUGUAGUGCGCGCACUUUUCGUCUAACAGUCUCUACCUCGCUUUUCUCUCGUCACUCUCUCGAUUUCGCGCGCUAUUUUUGCUCCCGACGAUUUUUUUGGUGAUGGUUGCCUUCAAAACAUACACAACCAACACGACGACGAUAUAUUCGUCACCUUUUUGCUUUUUGGCUCUUUUUUUGGGGAAAUUUAGUGGGAAAUGUGGGAUUUUCCCCAUUUUUUUGGAGGAAAAAGGUUUAUUUUCACUGAAAAUCCACGCAAUGUAUCUUAAAUUACUUAAAUUAGUUCUAUAUUUCCCCAAAAACCAUAAAUUUCCCGCAGGCAAACGCGCGCGAAAAAUAAAAAUAUUUUUUCUGUCUGCAUUUGUGCGUCGCCGUGUUUGUAUUCGGUGUGUGCACCAAAUACAAACCACAGUAAUCCUCGCGGGUUUUUUUAUUUUUUCUUUUUUUGUUCCACCAAAAAAAAUGCUUAAAAAGGCUGAAAAUAAAUAAUUUCUGAACGUGAUAGCUACGUGUCCCACAUUUAGAUCCAAUCUCAUUUAUUUUCGAUGUUUUCUGAUCUCAAAAAUGGCUGAAAAUCCUGAAAUUGAUGAAUUGUAAGUAAAUUCUGGAAUUUCUUUGAUUAUCCUUUACUGAGUUCACAGUAAAAGAUAAUCCCGCCUUUUUUGAUUAUUCCUGUUCGUUGGAGCGCAUUUGCUCAUCAUGUUGCAAAAUUUCUAUUUUUAGCACAAGUUUAUUUUGAACAAAUUGUUUAUUAUUGUCAAAAAUGUUUCAUUUUUGGUUUAUUUUUGUUUUGAAUGACGCACAUGGAUUUUUUCCCAAAAGAAAAAAAAAAUCAGAUAAGAUGCAUUUUUCCCAAUAUGUAUAAUCAAACCAAAAUAAAACAGUUUUCACCUUGAAAACACACCGUGUUUUACAAGACUUUUCGCUUCUUUAUUCGACAUUUUCUUUUGGUUUUCAAAUCUCCAGUGUCAAAUCUUCAAUAAAAUUUGUCCCAAAAUCUUCAAAAAAAAAAUAAAAUUGCAGAUUCGUUUAUGUGGCGAUAUGUACGAACAAUGGCCGGCACUCGAAUUUUCGGACCUCAACUCGAGUAUUCUUGACUUGUUUACAAAGUGAGUUGUGUUUCGUAUUUGUUUUGGGAUGGGAAAAAAAGUGGAAAAUGGAAGAGACAGAGGAAUUUUUGGCGCCAAAAAUGCCACGUGUUGAAAAAUUCGAAUCUGGGAGAAGAAAUACACGUGGCAUGGUUGGAUUCUGGUUUUUGAAUUGAGUUAUAGCCCUCACGAACAUUCCAAUGCUGAAAAUCCACGUGGCAACUGGAAAAGUCAAAAAUAUUGAAAGUUUACACGCUGUUUUGAAUAUAUUUAAAAUUUCUACGCAUUUUCCCGCCAAAAAUGCCACGUGGCAGGGUUGGGUUCGGAUGUUCGAAUUGAUUUCUAGCCCUCACGAAAAUUCCGGCCCCGAAAAUCGACGUGGCAGUUGGAAAAUUCAAAAAAUUUUGCGUCAAGAAUGCCACGUGGCAGAAUUUCACAUUUUGAAUCAAUUUUCCAGCCAAAAAUGCCACGUGGCAAGAAAUACAUGGAUUUGAAGGGAAAAUGACACGUGGGAAAUUUGAAAAUUCAAAAAUGUAUCAUUUUUCAUUAGCCACAAACCUCACCCAAGAACCUGGAGUAGUGCGUGAAAAAAUGCCCAGCUGGUUUUUUUUUCCAAAAUUGCCCACCUAGCGCUCGCCAUGGCGAGCUUUUUCAAAAAAAAAUUCGUUUUUUUCAGUGAAAAUAGCAAAAGCUUCCUGAAAUCCCUCUCCCUCUAUGUCCCUCCUAAUUUCCCUCGCGCCCCGGGUGGGACUCGAAGCCACACCCUCCACGCCACGUGCGUUCAAGAGACGCACGUGUUCACCACUAGACCAGCGACCCUGUUGAGAACGAGGAGGCGAAUUUCCAAGACAACAAACACUUCUGUGCCACCUACUUUUCUUUUUAUUUCACAUUGUGAAAAAAACUGAAUUUCAUUUUCAGCUUUUUCAGUAUUUAGAGUGAAUAUUUGCGUGUGGAAUUAACUAAGUAGCUUCCUAAGCCUAGUUCCCAGCUACAAAUAACAAUGGCCAGCUACUUUUUUGUUUAAAGGCCGAGAAAACCGAUGACCUGAUUUCUCUUAUAACGUUAGAGCAUUUUGGGUGAUUUCACACUUCAAACUUUUUGAGCUUUCGGAGUGAUUUUGAGCAAAAAGUUUGUUUUGGGACUAACAUUAUUUUUGCUUGUAGAUUCAUUUGAGCUUUUCAAAAUUUCUGAAAAAAUGAUUUUGACAUGAGUUAUCGAAAAUGACCAGUAUUUUACUCCAGGUGAUAGGUUUGCAAAAAAUUGAAAAAGUUUGCAGGUGGGAGAAAGGUGAAACUAGCUGGGAAUCGACUUACUUUUUAAUAUUAAGAAACAAAACAUCAAACUUUUCCUAGGAAAAAAGUCAGAAAACCUGAAAAACUGAAUUUUUCGUAUUUUUUAGAUGUUUCCAGCUGGCCAUCGGGAAAAUAAUAGUUGAAAUGAAUCUAAUUUCUGAAAAUUUUCAAAGAACAUCGUUGGAAGUAACAUUUUCUAACCAACAAGAGAAAAUUAUAGAAUUCAGUGAAAUUUUUUCGACGAAAAAUUCGAAAAAACCUUCGAAUUUUUUAAAAAUUUUACCCACCUACAAAAUUUUUUUUUUCAGUUGCCCACCUGGGAUUCCAGGUAUUGGGUGAGGUUUGAUUAGCCACGUGGCAGAAUUCCGCAUUUUGAAUCAAUUUUCCCACUAAAAAAUCCACGUGGCAGGGUUCUAUCGAUUUUCCAGCGCAAAAAAUAGCCACGUGGAAGAAUUUCACAUUUUUAAUCAAUUUUCCCGCCAAAAAUGCCACGUGGCAGGGUUCUAUCGAUUUUUUAGAUGCCACGUGGCGAAUUUCCAUUAAAACCUUCUAUAAAUUUGUGAAUUUCUCUAGCCCUACCUAAUUUCUCACACAAAAAUUAUGUUUUCACAGAUCUACCUCUCAAUCAGUAGCCUCAUCUCUUCUCUACGAACUCACUCGAUCAGACGCCGAUGAAAAUGGCGGAUCGAUUCGAUUGAACAACGAAGAACAUCUCAAAUGGUGUAUGCAAGUUCUGAAUCACUCGCUGACUUUGUCAUUUUCGACCGGAAGGGAAUAUGAGACAUUGAAAGGUAAAAAUCAGAAAUCUCGUAUUUUUCGGAUAAUUUCGGAUCAUAAGACCAAAAUUCAGAUAAUAAAUUUAGAAAUUUCAUAGGAAACCCAAAAAUAGCCCAAUUUUCAGCUAAAAAUUCAUCAUUUUUCAUCACCUUUUUCACUAUAAAUGCUAAAAAAAAACCCUGAAAAACUUGAAUAUUCAUGAAAAAUUGCUUGAAAUCUGCGAAAUUUGAUAAAAUUUGGACUGGAAAUCAUCAAAGUUAGAUGAUUUUUGACAAAAAAUAGCUUAAAAUUCAUCAUUUUUCAUCAAAUUUUGACUAAAAUUGCUCAAAAAACCCUGAAAAACUUGAAUUCAUUGCUUAAAAUCAAUAAAAAUUCAUCCGAUUUUCCAGGAGCCGUUCGAAUUUAUCUCCACUGGCUUCGCGCGCUUUGCGACACUCCGGACAACAAUAUCCCCACACCGCUCCUCGCGACACCCGAAAAAUAUUUUCGAAAUAUCAUCGACGCGUUGAGAUGGGUGUUCUGUCGAAGAGAGGAUGAUAUUUGGCAGACUGGUGGAACCGGAACAUUGACACCGCAACAAGUUCCACGUGGUUUGGCUAUUGAGAGACAGGCGAUUGAGAUUGAUAUGAUAUUGGAUUCGUUGAAAUAUUUGACGAAGAGUGCAAGCAGGAAAUAUCAGGAUGAGGUUAGCGGAUUUUGUUACUGUAAAAUUUGAGAUUUGGUUCUGAAAAUGUCUGAAAAUUUGGAAUUCAGACCCAUUUUCUAGACUUCAGAAAUUCACUGUUUCAAGUUUUCUAGAUGAAUUUUUGAAAUUAAAAUAUUUUAUAAUUUUUUUUCCAAAAAAUUCACUGUUUCAAAAAUUCUAGAUUAAAUUUUCAAAAUUAAAAGUACUGAUACCUUCCAAAGUACGUACGGUCUGAAAAUAUCAUUAAAAAAGUCCAAAUUAGGUCUGAAAAAUAUUGAGAUUUAAAAAAAAGUUACUUUUGAGCCUUGUUGAGAAUAGAAUUUGGCCCUGAAUAGUCUGAAAUUUGGAAAAUUUACCCAUUUAGGCUUGAGAAAUUCACUGUUUCAAGUUUUCUAGAUGAGGUUUUGAAAUUAAACUGUUUUAUUAAUUAAGUUCAUUCCGAUUCUUCUUAAAAUUAUGGUCAAUUUUUUCCCAAAAAUUCACUGUUUCAAAAAUUCUGGAUGAAAUUUUUCAAAAUUAAAUUGUUUACUAUUAAUGUUGAUUCCAAUUUUUUUCAAAAUAAUAGUCAAAAUUUUUUUUCCAAAAAAUUCACUGUUUCAAAAUUUUUAGAUUAAAUUUUCGAAAUUAAACUGUUUUAUUAGUUUCGUGUUUGGUAUUCUCAAAAUUAAAGUCAAUUUUUUUUCUUGCAAAAAUUCUAAAUAAAAAUUAAUUUUCAAAUUUAAACUAUUAAAAAUAUUGAAUUUGCUUCCGAUAUUUUUCAAAAUUAUUGUCAAAUUUUUUUUCCAAAAAAUUCACUGUUUCAAAAAUUCAAUGUAGAUGAAAAUUUCAAAAUUAAAUUGUUUCAUUAAAUUUGCUUCAAAUUCUUCUCAAAAUUAUAGCCAGAAUUUUUUUUCGAAAAAAAUUCACUGUUUCAAAAAUUCUAGGUAAUAUUUUUCAAAUCAAAAAGUUCUGAUCCUUCCAACUUUUCAUCUACAAAUAAUAAAAUCUCUCAAAAAACCCGCCCAAAUUCCAGGUCUGGUCUCGAUCUCUCAGCUUCCUCCUCAACAGCGCCGAUAUUUUGCUCGCCGAGCCAAAUGCCACUGAAGAAAUGGGAACACGAAUAUGUGUUCGUGUCGCCGACACACUUUUCGAUUUGUGGUUGAAUGCCGUGAUUUUGGAACACAUUCCAUCGUUGACUUAUUGGAGCUCACUGGCCACGUUGACCCGGAGAUGGAGGCAUAAUGUGAGAAAUUGAAAAUUACUUAGCCUAACUUCUAUUGUUGCAGAUUCCGAUCAUUGAAGUUUGGGCGAAGAAAAUUCUUGGAUUAUCAGUGUUGGUUUGCAGGAAAAUGUAUGGAGAGGAUUAUUUGAAAAUUGAGAUUCGUAAGUCUAAUUUUGUUCAUAGACAGAUUUUGGGGUUUCAGGACCUCUGAGCCAAAUUCUGGGCUCUCAAAAGUUCAAAAAUUAAUUGGCUCAUAAAAGUUAGCAUAACUCAAUUCGUGGUCGAUUUACCACCCAAAAACAUCAAUAAAUCAAAUUUUCAGAAAAAUUUCUGGUUUUGGAAUUUUCUGAAAAUUUAUGUACCCCUGCUCAUUUUUUUUCAAAAAUCAAAAAUUUUUCUGAAAAUUUCAUUUUUGGGUAUAUCGACCAUGCUGAACAAUAUCUGAAACUUUUUUUAUCCAAAAAUUGUUUUGAAAUGGAGUUAUGAUGACUUUUAUGAGCCCAAAACUAGGCUCAAAGGUCCUAAACUUUUUAGGGUGUUCUUAUGAGCCCCUGGACGAAAUUUCAUCAAGAUUUAGAGUUUUGUUAAAGUUUUUAUGAUUUAUACAUUUUUUUCCAGCCGAUGAAUCGAUUUCACAAUUUGGCCAAGUUCCAAUCAACAACCAGGAAGAUGAUGAGGAAAAUGAGGUUCAUUUAUUGUAUAGAACUUGGUAUAAUAUGCUGUGCCUUUUCGAUUCGCCCGCCAAGAUUUUGGCACAUGACGCCGGGAGGAAUAUGAGCCUAAGUGGGUUUUUUUUCAAAAAAUUCAAUUCCGAAUUCCGAAUUCCAGACGGAAACUCACCCCGUAGAUCAUUCUCCAGUGUCUCAUCGGAUCUCAAUUCCACCUCGACAUCCGGUGCAACCCAAUCAGUCUCAUUCUUCCUUGCCGCAACCACUUUGCAAAGAAUGGUCGAUUUGUUUUAUGGUGAUUCGAAAGUUGCGAUUGAUUUGAGAGCCGCUGCGCAGGAAACGGCUGUGAAAACAUCGAGUACACGAGCUGCGUCGAUCGCGACGGAUCAUACGAAUGUGAGUUGCGGAGGGAUCUUGUAGAGCUCAAAAUUCUGAACAGGAAGGUGUAUUUUUCUUGGGAAAAUUUUGGAUUUUAAAGGUACAUAGUGGCGAGACCCUUCGAUGCUCCUUUAAAAAUUUGGGUUUUUUCUUCUGGGGGAUUUCAAGGGGAUGGAAUUCAGAGUUUGAGAAAAAAAUUUCUCAAAAUUCAGGCAAAAUUGUAAAUAUUACUACUAAAGAUCAUUUUUCGGAUUUUCCGAGCACAUUUUCCGGAAAAUCGGAAAAUUGAUUUUUCCGUGAAAAAAACCGGAAAAUCCGGAAAUUCGGAAAAUUCGGAAAAUUUCCGGCACAGGCCUGCUGUGCAUAUUGUAGAGCUCUAAAUUCUGAACAGGAAGGUAUAUUUUUCUUGGGAAAAUUUUGGAUUUUAAAGGUACAUCGUGCCGAGACCCGUCCAUGCGCCUUUAAAAACUUUGUUGUUUCAGGAGAUGAAAUUCAGAGUUUGAGAAUCUUAAAAUCAUAUUUGAAAUUCCCAAAAGUGGGAUUUUCAGCCAGAGAAUCUUGUAGAGCUCGAAAUUCUGAACAGGAAGGUGUAUUUUUCUUUGGAAAAUUUUGGAUUUUAAAGGUACAUCGUGGCGAGACCCUUCGAUGCUCCUUUAAAAAUUUUAGCGUUUUUCCUUUUGGGGGAUUUUAGGGGAUGAAAUUCAGAGUUUUUAGAAUCUGAAAUUUUCAAAAAUGGGAAUUUUAGCCAGAACAUCUUGUAGAGCUCAAAAUUCUGAACAGGAAGGUGUAUUUUUCUUGAGAAAAUUUUGAAUUUUAAAGGUACAUCGUGCCGAGACCCUUACAUGCGCCUUUAAAAACUUUAGCGUUUUUUUCCUCUGGGCGGAUUUCAGUGAAUUUUUAGAAUCUGAAAUUUUCAAAAAUGGGAAUUUUAGCCAGGGAAUCUUGUAGAGCUCGAAAUUCUGAGCAGGAGGGUGUAUUUUUCUUGGGAAAAUGUUGGAUUUUAAAGGUACAUCGUGGCGAGACCCUUCCAUGCGCCUUUAAAACUUGGAAGCUUGCAGUUUACACUUGCGCAAAGCUGCUGAAACCUUCUAGACUCAAUUUUUUCCAGCGAACCGCCUCAACUGCUGGCGAAUCUUCCCGUUUCGUCUCGCUGAAUGGUCCAAUCGGUCAAAUAAUUGUGGAAGAUGUCUCAUCGAAUUCCACAACCAGCACCCAACGAACAACUUCCGAUAACUCGAGAAAACUUGUCAAAGAUCGCACCGAAAGUCGUGUCUCUGAGCACACAACUUCUACACUCACCUAUAAAUCUGCACCACCUGGACAUCAUUUUGAAUCAAGUCCCGCUGAAUCGAUUGUUGGAAAUUCGGCGGUGUCUGCACCGCCUGCCGCCAACAUCCAGGAGGCACCGAAAUCACCAGCGAUGUUGAAUGACCCGCAAAAAUUGGCGGCGAAAUUUGUGACCAAUUUUCUGUGCGCCAACCCGGCUUGCCAACCGUUUAUUGGAGCGAGACGGCCGAAAACUGAUCGAAUGUUGAGCCUGGUUGGAGAUUGGCUGUUUGAUAUUGUCAACACGCAGGCGGCGGGAACCAGGAAUUUGUCGGGUGCAAGUUUGGGAGCGACGACGAAGAAGGGAGUGAAUAAUGAAAGAGUGUCGGAUGGUGAGGCAUUUUUUGGGGAGCGGGAAAAAUUUGGGGAAAAAUAUUUCCCGAUUAAAAAUUUGGUUUGUGAAAAAUAUAAUAUUUUCAAUAUUCUAGACUAGAUAUUCUUGGAAUUUUCCAAAUGGAUUCUGAAUUGCAUUUGCCACGUGGAUUUUCGGCGCUAAAGGUUUGAAAUCCAAAAAAAAUUGCAUUUCAAAAUUUUUCAGCACUGAAAUCCACGUGGCACUGUUUUGAGGCCAAAAAUACAGUGCCACGUGGAUUCGAAAACAGUGCCACGUGGAUUUCGGUGCCAAAAUUUUUGAAAUGCAAAAUUUUUCGAUUUUCAAUUUUAGACCGAAAAUCCACGUGGCAAUAAGAAAAUUCAGAAAUUCUGAUUUUUUGAUUUUUUGAAUCCAAAACAGUGCCACGUGGAUUUACUAUAGGUUUUCUACAUUUUCAUUCAGUUCCACCUGAUUUCUCCAAGAUUAUUCCAUCUCAUUUCAUUUUGAUACAAUUUUUCUUUUUUCUUCCUCAUUCAAACUGUUUUUUAUUAUUCCUUUUCCUUUCUUUUGUGUACUUUUUUCGCCCUUCAAUUUUCUCAUUCUCACAGCUUGAGAGAUGAGAUUUUCGAAUUUGAUUCGAACUUUCUCCGGGAUUAUUAAAGAUGUAAUCGGAAUUUCUCAAAGAAGAAAUUGAGGAAAAAGCUUAUCAAAAAGAGAGAAAGAGAGUAAAUAAUAGCUAUCAGUCGUAGUUUUUGAGUGUGUGGUUCGUUUACCUUUCUUGUAUCAUUCACGCCUUUUUUAGUUUGCCUAUUGUAUAUACACACAACUGGUUUUCUUCUUUUUUUUUUCGUCGUUUUUUAGUCGCCUUGACAGAAAGAGAUGCGUAUCAACAUCAUCAGUUUUUGAGAGGACACUUUUGUUGUUGUUAGAUGACCAUCGCUAUUCAAAAAUUAUCGAGAAGGCUCCGAUUGCUCCGCCGCGGCGAAGGCGCCAACAUGCCGCUUCUUGUAAUGAUGCUGAUGAAUUGUUUGGGAUCAGAAAAGGUUUGUGGACUUUUUUGGCAUUGCUCAGGUUAGACGAAUUCUUCUAGCCGAUUUUCAUACGAUUUUUCAAUGAGAAAAUUUUUUCUCACAAAAUUGUUGGUAUUGCUCAGGUUAUACGAUUUCUUCUAGGUGAUUUUCAUACGAUUUUUCAACGAAAAAAUUAUUCUCACGAAAUUGUUGGCAUUGCUCAUGUUAUAUUUUUCUCUCCAAGCUUAAAAACUCGAAUUUAUUAGCAUUGCUCAUGUUAUAGUAUCAUUCCUGGGCGAUUUUCUUGAUUUUCAACAGGUAAAUUUAGCAUUUUCCGGUCAGAAUUUAGAGAAUCUUCGAUCUUCGCAUGAUUUUUGACAUUACUCAUGUUAUACUUUUUUUCGUCAAAUCUAAAAGCUCGAAUUUAUUCAGGAAAAUGUAGCAUUUACCGAUUUUUAUGAUUGCUCAUGUUAUUCUUUUUCUCGCCAAAAUUGGUUCUAGUUUUCUGUAAUUUUUUUUCAGCCAAGUUUUGCCUUUUUUCUCUCAUUUCUCAUAGUCUUGUGAUUUUUUGACUUUUGGACAAUUUUUCCUUUCAAGAAACAUCGAACUGGUUUUGUUUGAAAAAAAUUGUCUAGAUCUUGGCAUUGCUCAUGUUAGAAAAAAGGUAGAACUGGUUUUGUUUUUUUUGCCUAGAAUUUUCAAAUUUGUCUAGAUCUUGUCAAUAUGUUUUGCUCAUGUUAAAAAGUACUUUGUUUCGAAACCUUAACCACAUUUCAUAAUUGUAAAUCAUUACAAAAUAGUUUCUCUUUUCAAAAUUUCACAAAAAUGUUUGCUUUAAAAAAUUGCGGCUUUUUCCCCUCUAUCCGGAAACAUUGCUCAGGUUAGUUUCUUCGAAAAACCAGAAAUUUCAAACUUGCAAUCAAAAGAAUCCUUGAAACCUCACAAAAACUAUCAAUUAUGCAGUCUUUUCAUCACAUAAUUCCUUAUAAUAAUAAUAAUAUGGUUUAUUACUGGAAGUGAAAGCUUUUCGUCGUAAUUGAAAAUGAAAAAAGCCUUAGUUAGUUAGUUAUCACAUGAUUUGACCGAGAACUAGUUGUUGUUGUUUUUUUCUAGGUUCAUCCAAUUUCAAGGACGAAUUGGAGAGGAUAAUCGGAUUUGUGAAAAUUUCCCCCCAAAAAAUGACCGGAAACUUGAACAAAUAUUGAUUGAUUGGCAUAAUUAGAACCUCAGGGAGGUUUCUAUAAUUAUCUGGUUUUUCGUCUUUUUUCGCCGGCGCGCGCUCGAGCGCAUUUUGUUGACCUUUCAUAGUCAAAAACAAACGAAGCGGCUUUUCUUUUCUUGGUUUCGUUUUGGAGCGCAUCGAAGGAUUUUUUUCCUCAGAUUCAGUUCAAAAACCUUCACCACUUGAAUGAAGGAAUGUUUUUGACAUACUUAUUUUAUUUCAUUAAUAAUAAUAUCGUCUUCUUAGUGUAACCUUGGUUGUUUUUCAUCUGGUUACCGCAAUUAUUAGUAUUCCUCGUCAUCGAUUAUCUCUCUCUGAUAUUAUUAUAGAUUUAUGAGUGGCGAACCGCCGUUUGCUGUGCAACUCAACGAAGUUGUGGCGAGAUUCACGUCGAAAUUGUUGUUCUAUCGAGAGGUUCCCGAAAUUGUUGUGGCCGAUUGUAAUCAGAGUUGGUUUUGGGCCUUGGGAUGAAGGUGACAGAAUAAAAGUGGUACACCAAAAAUAAAUGAAGUUUGGUGUACCAAAAAAUUUUGUUGGGCAAUUUUAUGAGUACAGAAUUCGGAUUAAAAAUUUUCGUACAGUAUGUAUCGUACAUCAUAUACCAGACCUGGGAAUUUUCACGUUUACGUUUUUUACGUUGUACGGUUCUUACGGGAUUUCACCAUAAAUUUCAUUUCACGGUUUUACAGUUCGUUAAAAAAUCACUAACAAGGGAAGUGCAUAAGGGUAGGUGUUGAACUUUUUGUGCAAUUUGGUACACAUAUAGAUUCGAACCUGCUGAUCUUGAAUCUGUUUUCAAAAAUUGCCACAAGUGCACCCAAAAGCAGUUUUGCGCCAUCGAAAAUUCACCAUUUUUUUCUUCGUUUCAUAUAUCAAACAUUUGCAGGCAGAAAAAACAGGAGCGCGUAGCCGAGUGGUAAACACUCACGUCUUUGAAAUUUUAGGUUAUGGGAUCGAUCCCGCUCCAAGGCAAACUUUUUUUUCUAUUUUUUUUUUGCAAAUCCAUUUAUGAUAACUUGUCAAAACACGUUAUAAUAUUUAUGAUAACUGGUCGCAAAUGUUUUGAUUUGGAAAGAAAUUAGUGAAUGUUGCGUUCAAAAGGCAGAUGACUUUUAUUUUGAAACAAAAAAGACCAAUAAGAAUGGAAUGAUCAAGAGAGCUAGCCUGGAAACGAUGAAUAAAAACUUUCAAUUCAUAUCUAGUGCAAAUCAGCUGGAUAAACUCCGAGAAUUUCAUCGACUGGGGAAAUUUUUUCUAGAAUUUUUUCUGACGAAAGUAUUUUAAAGGUGAAAUUUGAACGGAAAGAUGAAAUGAUCUCCAUUUGAUAACUUCUGAAAAAUGUUCUGAAUUUUUUUAAUGGUUAUGUUUCCAUGAUUUUGUUUUUUGUUUUCAUAAAUGGAUUUUCAAAAAAAAAAUGGAAAAAAAAGUUUGCCUCGAAGCGGGAUCGAUCCCAUAACCUAAAAUUUCAAACGUGAGUGUUUACCACUCGACUACGCGCUCCUGUUUUUUCUGCCUGCAAAUGUUUGAUAUAUGAAACGAGGAAAAAAUGGUGAAUUUUCGAUGGCGCCAAACUGCUUUUGGGUGCACUUGUGGCAAUUUUUGAAAACGAAUUCGAGAUCAGCGGGUUCUAAUCUAUAUGUGUACUAAAUUGCAGAAAAAGUUCAACACCUAACCUUAUGCACUUCCCUUGUAAAUAUAGGGAAUUUUGACAAAAUCAAAUUGAAAGUUUUAAAAAACUCCAAAAUUUUAAUUGAAUCUUAGGAUUAACUAAUUUUUUGAUGGGUAUGGAGAAUGAUAUUGUUAAAAUUAUGUUAAAUUACCAAAUCCCCAAUUUUUGAAGAAAUUUAUGCUGCUUUUCAGUUGAGUAACAAAAUUUUACGGUAUUUUACGGAUUUUAAAACCGUUAAAUUCAGAUUUCACGUUUCACGGUGCCACCUAAAAAUUUCCGGGGUCUGUCUGGUAUAUAUCAUACAGUAUGUAUCGUACAGUAUGUAUCGUACAGUACAGUAUAUCGUACAAUACUGUGUCGGGUCUGUUAAGCAUAGAUAUUUUGUUCAUGACACACAAAGACUAUUGUACAGUUUUUGCCUCAAAUUAAAAAUAUCCUGAAGUAUUUUUUAAUAUGCUCGAUUCAAGCUUCCCAACAUUUUGGCCGCCAAAUUUGAGGUUUUGAAAAAUCUCUUUCGUUUUUUUUCCAUCCAGGAAAUUGUAUGCGCCUUUGAUUAAUGUACAAUUUCCGAAAGAUUCUUCAUUUCCAUUGUUGUUUUCCACAUUCUUCCCAUGACUAUUUUGCUAAUCGGAUUGAUUACUAACUUUCUAUCGUUAUUUAUUUACUUUCUCUGACUCUGUCAUCUUUCUGGAGCAAAAACAACAUUGCAAAUAAAUAAUAUUAUUAUUUUCAUUAUUAAUACUGUCCUCCUAGUCAGCUGGGUCCUCUUUGCUGUUCCCCCCGACGAAAAUCCACAUCAUUUUGUGAACAAAUAUUGAAAUAAAAUUUCUGUUUCUGCCACAAAAAUCAAUCUAUUCAAAAAAAGGAACGGGGCUAUUGUGUGAAUUCAUGUGAAUUUUUCCCAACACACAUUUUUGGCUAUUUCUUGGCAAAAUGGCAUCGGCGAAAUGGAAACGAUGGAUUUUCAAAAUGUCGAGGAGUCAGGAAAGUUGGUGGUUACAUUUUUCGAAUUUGAACUUGGGUUUGGUCAGCUCUAGGCAGAGUCGGAUCUUGGCUAGGCCUAGGUUUUUGGCUAAGCCUAGAUCUUUGGCUAAGCCUAAAGGUUCUGGUCAGGUAUAAGCCCAGAUCUUGGCUAGGCCUGAAUUUUCAGUCAAGCCUAGAUUUAUGGCUAAGCCUAAGAUCUCUGGUCAGGUAUAAGCCUAGAUUUUUUUUUACUGAGCCUGAAUUUUCAGUCAAGCCUAGAUUUUAGACUAAGCCUAGCUUCAAGGUUAGACUCAAGCCUAUGUUUAGGCCUUGACCUAAGCCUAUAACGAACUCUGAAGCCCUUUAUCGUUUGCCUAAACCUAAAGUAGGUUAAGCCUUGGAACUAGCCUUGUUCCAAUCCUAAGGUUUACCCAAAACUCUAAGCCUAAGCUUGAAAUCAGGCUUAAUAAGCGCAAGCCUAGACCCAACCUUAGAGGUAGGCCUAACUUUAAGCCUAGCUUCAACCUUAAGCCUAGGGCUAAACCUGAGCUCCAGCCUUAGUUAUCCGAAAUUUUCUGGUAUUCCACGUGGCACAUUUUUCCAACAUUUUUGCACUUGAACACCUGUGGAUUCUCAAUUUUUCCCAGCUGGGGGUUUUUUUCUGUUGAUCAAAAUAAGUUUGCCCAAAAACACACAAAGAGCAUUUUUCAUAUUUUUUGACAGUCAAGGCUCAAAUUGCACAAACAUGUCACCCUGGCUUUUCAUCUGGUAUUGUUUUUUUUUUCGCGCACUUUCUCCUCUUUUUCUCCGCUUCUCCUCAAUUCAUUUCGUGCUCUUCCUAUUCUUUUUUUAUUUGUCUUCAUCUCUUUCUCUCUCUCUCGGCAUACCUUACAAUACUUUUUGGUCAUUUUUGCCGCAAACUUUUCACUUCAACUUUUUGUUUAGUAUUCCUAUACUUAUUAUUAUUAUAAUAGGCAUCUAUUUGGCAUAAUUUAAAAGACCUGGUUUUUUAAUCGCAUUUCUGUGUCGAGAAUUUUUGGAGAGGAUUAGUAUUGUUUUUGACAGUGAAUUUAAAAAAUUGUGGCUGUGGUUGGGUGAGUUUUUGAUGGAAUUUUUGGGAAUUUUUGCGAAAUUUGGGAUUUCUUAUCAAAUUUUGCAUUUUUGUUAUCAGUUUGUUUUUAGUGUUCAAAUAUUUUUUUGAACGCCAAGUAUUUAUUUUUUGUUAGAACAUUUUAUGGUUUCACGGAAAUUUUAGAAGUUGUAGAUGUAGUUCCUAAUUUAGGAUGAUUUAUCCGAACUUGUUCUAGAGGUUCACAAAUUUCGGAAUAUUUCUGAUGAAUCUGAAAAGUUAGACAAUUUUUACUUUGGUUCGAUUUACACGUCCUACAAAUCUUAUUCGAAUUAUCGGGCCUGGUCCAAUUCGUGUGGCGGCCCGAUUCAGAAAUUUGGUGCAAGAAUAGAUUUUUCUGAAUUUCCUACCAGAUAUCUGAGAUUGAACAAUUUUGGGUUCAUCCUUCAAAUUAUGAAACGUUUUCAGAUGUUUUUUUUUGGUUUUUUUGGAGUUUUUUUUGGGGUAUCUGGAAAUUUUUUGUUCUGGAGUAAAAAUUCCACGUGGCAAAUUUCUUAGUGUGAAAAAUCCACGUUGCAAAUUCAAAAUUUUUAGAAUUUCAGGAGUUAUAAAAUUCCACGUGGCAAGUUGUUCUUUAACAUUUUCUAGAAUUUUUGGAGUUAAAAAUUCCACGUGGCAAUUUUUGGCUCGAAAAAUCCUCGUGGAAAAUUGUUUUCUUCAAAAUUUCAGCAGAAAAUCCAUGUGGCAAUUUUUUCCCGAUCGAAAAAUUUCCCGGUUUUUGUAGUCAGAAAGAAAUUGAUAACAUUUAGAAAUUACCAAAUUUCAAAAAUUUCUAGAAUUUUUGGUACAAAAAUAGAAAUUUCUGAAUUUUCUAAAUUUUGUCAAAGCUGUCUUCUAGUUGUCUCUGAAAAUGUUUUUUUUUUCGUAAUUUUGAAUUUUGUCAAGUCAAUGUUCAUUCUCCCGAAUUAUGAGAUGUUUUUAGUGGUCUUCAGAUUUUCAUCAGUUUUUUGGAAUGGCUGAAAAUUUUUGUCUAGAUUCUAGUUUUCUCUGAAAUUUUCACCAUCUAUUUCUGUGAAGUCUUGAUUCUCCGAUGUUACUUUGAUCUUCUUCUCCUUCUUCAUUGUCACCUUUAGUUCUAUUCCUCGUUUUCUUUGACCCUGAGGCGUCAGGCAGAAAAAUCAAUAUGUAUUUAUUUACCGGUAAAACUUUUGUGCAAACACAUUUCUCAUUUUGUUGAAUGUUGAUGUUCCUCCCUCCCAGUUUUUGAACACAAAAAUUUCGAUCGAUUUUUUAUGCUUCAACAUUUCUUCCUGACUCAUUUUUCUGUGUUUUUGCAACAAUAGAAAUUUUCGAAUUUUUUCCGAACAUAUUAGUUUUUGUAUGAAGAAAAACAGGUUUCCUCCUGGCUGGUCGCGCAUUUUCCUUUUAUUUUUCAUCUUUUUUCUCUCUUCCCCUUUUUUCUCACUAAAUUUUCAUAUGUUUUUUUUUCGUUGAGACAGAAAUUUUGACAAUUGUUUUGUUGCCCAGGAGAUCAUGCUUUUGAUUUUUUUCAUUGUUGCGAAAUUUUUCUUUGUCAACUUGGAAUUUUUUCGUGAGCUUUAUUGAGAAAAUUCGUUUUUUUCCGUAGAAUUUCAUCCAUUUUUUCGAAUUUCGUAACUUUUACUCCUCUUGACCUUCAGUUUUUUUGUCGUCAGCCACAAUUUCGACGACGCGACGGCGACGUGUGCGACGUCGCGACUCGCACAACGAUGCGUCGCUACGUCGCCAACUCGUUCAUCGCAACAAGUUGGCGCGUAAACGUUUCGAGAUUCUUGAGAAGUGGGCCGCGAGCUCUUCGGCAUGUUCGCCAUUGCAAAAUGCGGAUUUGUGUAUGUUGCAGGGGGAUUCGGAGAGGAGUUAGGCUAAGUCUGGAGGUUUUGAGCUUGGAAGGACUGUGUUAACAUGGAUCUUUGGUUUCAGAAUUUUCUGGGAAUCUGAAUUUGAAUUUGAAAUUGUUCAAAAAUUUUGGGAUCUUAUAAUUUCUGAUUUAUCGAAAUUUCGAAUUCAGAAAAUUCAGAAUCUCUAUUGCCACGUGGAUUUUUGAAGCCUAGAAUCUGAAUUUCUGAAUUUUUAUUGCCACGUGGAUUUUUGGCGACCAAAAUUCGAAAAAUCGAAAAAAUUGCAUUUUAAAAUUGUUUGGCAGAGAAAAUCUGAAAUUUGAAUUUUUACAAAUUUUUUUUCUGAAAAUUUUUUUGCGCUCGCUAAAAAUCCACGUGGCAUUGUUUUGAAGCGAAAAAUCAGAAAUUCUGAAUUUUUCUAAAAAUGAGAAUUUUUUUAUUUUUUUUUAUUGCCACGUGGAUUUUCUGGAUUCAGAUCUAAUUCUUCAGAAUUUUCGUUGCCACGUGGAUUUUUGAAGCCUAGAAUCUGAAUUUCUGAAUUUUUAUUGCCACGUGGAUUUUUGGCUACCAAAAUUCAAAAAUCGAAAAAAUUGCAUUUCAAAAUUUUCAGCACCAAAAAUCCACGUGGCAUUGUUUUGGAGCGAAAACUCUGAAAUUUUGAAUUUUUAUUGCCACGUGGAUUUUCUGAAUUCAGAUCUAAUUUUCAAAAAAAUGGAAAAUUCUUUGGAAAGUUUCUAGGCCAUUAAAAUAAUUUUUAAGAAAUCAAAAUAAAAUCAACAAAAAAUUUAAAAACCAAAAAAAUAUAUAAAUAAAUAAGGUCUAGAUCCAGAAUUCAACUCUCUUAAUUUUGCAGAUGUAAUAUCGGGUCUCUCGCUUCAUUCAGUCGACGUUGAUGAAAUCCCAGAUGCAAUUCCACCAAUGAUGAAUGGCACAUCAGGAAUACAAUCACAAACAAGAUCGGAUAGCAUCACAACAUCCAACACAACAUAUUCAAAUCGCCGAAAAUCAGUCGGAAGUUCGUGCUCAUCGGCAGCCGGUGAGACUGAUUCGAUCGCAAGUUCGCAGCCACGAAUUGCAAGUGGACCAACAUCUGAUGAGAUACAUUUGAUUGAUGGAAUUACGGCUGGAAGAGCUGCUGCUCUCGCAUCGAUUAUUCGAAUUAUUUGCUCGAAAUCGAGUAGUGAGAAGAUACCAAAUGCACAGUUGGCCAAUUUUUAUGCCACCGUUUUUCAGACACUUGUUGAGGUGAGUGGGGGGGGGGGGCUAACUAGAGUCUAGGUAAAUCCUAACUAAACAGUAGUCAGGUUUUUAGACCCUGGGAUUCUAGAUCGGGGGAAAACCCCGGAAAAUUUAAUUUUAGGUUUUGAAUAAGCUCUCUUUACGAUUUAGGAUGAAAUUUAGAAGUUUUAAGUUCCAGACCCUAAAUUAUGGGCUUUUUUUUUGGACCUGGCGGAUUUCCCAUGUAAAAAUUAGAGCUUCUAGAUUUUUAAGGGCUUUUUUUGGUUUGGGAUCUUUAAUUUUAGAAUUUGAAUAAGUUCCCCUUAAAACCCCCCUUAAGAUUUAGGAUGAAAUUUAGAAGUUUUAACUAGACUCUAGUUAGAAUUUUAAAUAACCCCUAGUUCAUUGAAAAAAGAUUUUUGGUGGGCUUUUUAAGGUUUUGAAUAAGCUCUCCUUGAGAUUAAAUUUGACCAAUUUUCAAAAAUAAUUUGCACAGGGGUUUUAUUACUACCGAGAAUUAAUCACGUACGAAAACAUUUUAUCUGACGACAAAAAACCUCCGCAAACAGCGCGCUACGUGGCCGACAAAAAAACAAUAGCGUGUGGCCGGCCUCGCGAGAUGUCGGUCGCUGCAAACACACAUAUAGCCCGACUUUUUUCUUUUUAUUUGUGUGUCUUUUGAGCCAAAGGGUUUUCAAUUUUCUUUUUGAAAAUCUGAAAACCUAAGCUCCGCCCACAUGUCUGUGCGGAAAAAGAUGGGCGGAGCCUAGUUGCUCGAUUACAAUUUUGCAUUGACUCGGUAGUGAAAAAACCCCUGUGAUUUGCAAAGGGUUCAAGAUAAAUUUUGAAAAAUAAUUUUCAAAACAUAGUUUUUCAAAAAAUAAUUUGCGAAGAAUUCAAAAAAAAUUUUAACAAAAAAAAUGAAUUUUCAAAAAAUACCCAAUUUUUUACAGAAAGACCGUGUGAUGUUAUGCACCCUAUUUUAUUAUGGCCGCAAUCUCUUCCGUCUCGGCCUUCCCGGCAUCGAAAGUCUUCUCCCACACUUUCUCUUCGCCCUCGAUAUUGUCAUGAUCGAAAGUUCCAAGCUCAGACUACACCCAUCGAUUCCUGAAGUUGAAAUCAGAAGGGCGUGCUUAAGAGCACUCUCAUCGGUGAUUUGUUGGCCAACGACGUUUGGAAUGAGCAAAAUACCGCAAAUCGCCGAAGCUGCUGGCCUCAAAUCCAACGCUGCCACCUAUUUACACCUGAGAUCGCGGAUUUUUAAAACGCUAAUGUUUAGCGUGCGAAAUGAGACGGAUCCGACGAAUUUGCACAUUUCUCUGGCUCUUUGCGCGGUUUUGGUUGAAGAGAGUUGCCAAUUUGAUUUGGGAUUGAAUGAGGAGCAGACGAAAGAGAUGAUUCGGAUAUCGACGACUGCGAGUUCGUCAGGCCAACCGGAAAAAGGCCUCUGCGCAUCGAUUGUUAGAGGAGUCCUAUCGGCGAUUUGUGAUAAAUUGGGAAGGAUUGAGACGAUUGAUCAUUCGACAGCCUUGGCUAUUAUUGAUGUUCUUAAUUGUAUUUCGCAUGUUAAUCAUACGGUGCUUUUUAAUAAUAGUGAGUUUUUAGGGGAGUUGGAAAUUUGUAAAAAUAUGAUGAAAAGUCCAAUUUCCCAGCCUAAAAUCUAGGGAAUUUUUCCGAAAAGUUCCUGAAUUCUGAAGAAUUUUUCCCGGAAAAAUUACGUUUCGAAAAUUUCUCAUAAUUUUGAAUGGUGAAAAUUGGAACGUUUCAGCUAAAGAAAUUUUGAUUUCAAAUUUCAGAAGAAAAUGUAAUUCUGGAAAAGUUUUGGAUUCUGGCUAAAUCAUAAUUUCCAGCCUAAAAUCUAGGAGCUUUUUAGGAAAAAAACAAAUCCUGAAAAAUUUCUCCCGGAAAAAUUACGUUUUGAAAAUUUUUCAUAAUUUUAAUGGUGAAGUUUUGAAAUGUUUGAAAUUGAAUUUAAUUUAUGAAAAUCUGAAAUGAAAUUUUGAUUUCAAAUUUCAGAAGAAAAUGUGAUUCACAAUUUCCAGCCCAAAAUCCAGCCUAAAGCUUUCCAGGAAAAAACAAAUCCUGAAGAAUUUUUUCCCAGAAGAUUUAGGUUUUGAACAUUUUUCAUAAUUUUGAACAAUGUUUUUGAACUCUAGUGAGUUGCAUAAAUUGAUUUCAGGAUAAGCUGGAAUGAAAUUUUGUUCUCAAAUUUCAGCAGAAAAUGUGCUAAAGCCUAAUUUCCAGCCUAAAAUGGGUUUUUUUCAGAAAAAAAAUCAAAAGAAUUUUUUCCCGGAAAAAUUACGUUUUGAAAAUUUUUAUUAUUUUGAAUGGUGAAAAUUUGAAACGUUAGAGCAGAAAUUUUCUUUUUGAGAAGCUGGAAUGAAAUUUUGAUUUCAAAUUUCAGUAGAAAAUGUGAUUCUAGAGAAGUUUUAGAUUAUGGCUACAGCAUAAUUUCCAGCCUAAAUUCUGGGGCUUUUGAGAGAAAAAAUAGUGCUAGAAUUUUUUCCCGGGAAAUUUACGUUUUGAAAGUUUUUUAUAAUUUUGAAUGGUGAUAAUUGAAACGUUUAAGAAUAAAUUGACAUUUUGAAAAUCUGUUAUGAAAUUUUGAUUUCAAAUUUCAGAAGGAAAGUUCCUGAAAUUUUUAAUUUUAGACUUAACUUCAAAAUUUUUAAGCAAAAAAUCUAAAAAGCUAUCGAGAGAUUCUGAAAAUUUGAGAACCAAAACAAAAUUUGUGAAAAAUCAGGAAUUUUUUCCCCGGAAGUCUAGGAAAUUUUUCUGAAGCCACUAAAAUUCUGAAACUUCUGAACCCCUCUCAGCUAAACAAUAAUUUAUUUAUCGUUUUCAGUGGAUGUUUCAACUGGAACCCUCGUCAUAGCCUCAAUGUGCCGCUUCAUCGAACAGCAACUCUCCAAACCGCCACCACAACACUCGAAAGAUCUCCACUCGACAGUUGUUGCCGCAUUCAACGCUGUCGCCGUUUGGCUAACAGCUUCGCCACUUUUAGCCGAAUGUGUUGGUGUCCUUGGAAUGGUGUGUGACGUCAUUCAACUGGGAGUGACCGGACACAAAAGUUUGGCAAAUGAAUCGAUGAUGGUUUCCAAGGGAAAUGCGAUUCAACAUAAACCAGCGAGUCAACGGGUUUUGGAGGCGGCUGAAGCAUUGAUGUAUACCUUGUUUUGUGUGGUGGGCCGUCAACCGGGUCCACUUCGAGACGAGCGCCGCCUUCUGCAUCGCUACGGUCCUUCGCUCAUCGAUACCACCAAGUUUUUGCAUGUUCUCGUCAAUGGUGACACGCUUUUGUCACUUCACGAAGCGUCGCAUAUUCAGGAAAUGAAUUCGGGUGAGUUGAGAUGGUUUUUUGACAGGGAUUUGGAUUCUGAAAAGUUGUUUGAACAUUUUUUUCAAAAAAAAAAAAAUUGUCCAGAGAUUUUUUGAAUUUAAUUUUGAGUCAUAAAAUCAUAAAUUUAAUUUUGAAUCAAACUUUUUUUGAAAAUUCAAUUCUAAUUUAAAAAAAUUUCAAUUAUGAAAUUCUGGUUUUUUUUUGAAGUUUAUGAAAAAUAAAUCCAAAAAUUUCCCAAAUUUAAAAUUUUUUGAAAAUUAAAUACAAUUUGAUUUUUUUUCGAAAAAAUAUGAAUUCAGAAGUUCCAGAGCUGAAAUUCUCCGGUUUCUAAAUUGUUUUGAAAAUUAAUUACAGAUGGAUUUUUUUCUGAAAAUUUCUGAAUUUCAUGAAUUCAAAGUUUUUUUUUGUUGAAAAAAUAUGAAUUCAGAAGUUCAGAGCUGAAAUUCCUGGUUCCAAAAAUUUAAAAGAAAAUAAUUUAAUCUUCCAAAAUUCCACUAUUUAAAUUUUUUUUUUGAAAAUUAAUUACAGUUAGAUUUUUUUCUGAAAAAUAUGAAUUUAGAAGUUCAGCGCUGAAAUUCCUGAUUCCAAAAUUUUUUUCCUACAGACAGUGCCGCCGUUGUCUACGUCCGCCGCUCACCAAUGCAAUCGGCCAACACUGGCCUGGCCCGUCUCAGGCCACGCCCAUCUUCAAGCUUCGAAACCGGCGCCGAACUUGUUGCACCACCGAUCACACCAAUGAGUGCAAUGUCGCAAGAUGGUGGAUUUGCGGAUGGUAAGUUGAUUUUUGGGGGGUUUUUUUGGGCCCGGUCCGGGCCGGUCCGGCCCGAUUCAAAAUUAACCAUUUUUGUGUUGUGCAUGUGUCCUGUGUGAUUUUUUAGCUGCUGGAAAAUUAUCCACGUGUUCAAUGGAUAGUGGAGGAAAAAUUUCGACGGCUUCCAAAGGUUUGUCUCAAUUUUUUCCCUCACCAGCAGCUCACAUGUCCCUUUAACCUACAGUAACCACACGCACCGCACCGCCUGCACUUUUUCCCACGUCGUCAAGUUCGUCUAACUCGAUGAUUAUACCCACCGGCUCGAUUUUGUCCGGAAUUCCAGCUAACAAGAAAUCUGGAGCAUUUUUUGAUGAGGAAGAAGAAUAUGAGCAAGAAGAGGAGCAGGAGGAGGAUUCUGAUGGUUUGUUGUUUUUUUGUUGUGUUCACCGUGUGGUUUUUUGUGAGCUAACCUGAGUUUUUUUUUGCGGGACUUACAGUAACCCUGGACGGAUUUUGGGCGCUGAGUUUGAAUUUUUUGUAAGAAAAUUUUUACUGUUUCAAAAUUAAAUUCAAAAAUUUUGAAGAAAAUUUUUCCACUGUUUCAAAAUUUGGUUUAAAAUUUUUGAAGAAAAAAUAUUUUUGAUACGAUUUUUUGCUGUUUCAACAUUUUAUGAAAAAUUCAGUUUAAAAAUUUUUUUCAAAAAUUUUGAGGAAAAUUUUUCACUGUUUCAAAAUUAAGUUUAAAAAUUUUUGAAGAAAAAAUAUUUUUGAUCCGACGUUUUCAAUUAUUAAAAAUUUUUUAUAAGAAAUUCAGUUUAAAAUUUUUUUUCAAAAAUUUUGAGGAAAAUUUUUCACUGUUUCAAAAUUUAAUGAAAAAAAUUGUAACAAAAAUUUUUUGAUCCGAUUUUUUUCAAUUAUUUAAAAUUUUGAAGAAUUUGAAGAAAAGAAUUCAUAUUUUAUCUUCUCAUUUUUCAAAAAAAAACUUGAUUAUUUUUUCACUGUUUCAAAAUUUUAUGAAAAAAAAAAAGUUUAACAAGAACUAUCUGAUACGUUGAAAAAUUCCUGGUGAAAAACCCAACAAAAACACAUUUUGAGCAUUUUUCUUCAGAGCUCCUGGAAAUACAGUAAUCUGAGUUUUUGAGGCCUAAAAAUACGGUAAAUUUGGAUUUUUGUGGGCCCUACAGUAACCCAGGAAUUUUAAGCUAUCUAGGAUUUUUGCCACUAAAUUCAAAAUUUUCCAAGAUUUUUAAGAGCUCCUGAAAUUACUGAGUUUGCCCUAAAAAUAUGGUAAAUUUAGAUUUUUCUGGGCCCUACAGUAACCCAAAUAACCCACCAAUUUUUUUGCAGUUCCAAAUACUCCGCCAGCUCGUGUUGCACCUCAAAAAUCAAUUGGUGAACAAUUUGUGAUCCCCGCUGAUUUCUACAAAAACACUUGUAAAUUAGACGGAGCAUUCCGAAAUUUGGAAUCAACGUCUGAAACUGAAGCGAUUGCCGAAGAAAUGAAAUUGGCGAAUUUGGAACAAGAAGGAAAGCGGCGAACGUUUUUCGAUGAAGCGAGAAGAUUGAGUGUUUUUGAGAAAAUGACAUUGGAAGAGAGAAGAGCGAAACCAAUUGAAUCCAGCCAGAAAUGCAACUCAUUGAGAGUUAUGUUGUAUGAUUUUGGAUUGAUUGAUGAAAGUAUUUUUGGAAGUGAAAUUGUUGUGUUGGAUAGUGGGCAAAGGUGGGGGAUUUUUGGAGGUUUGGGAGGGUUUUGGGGUGAAAAUUUGGCGAAAAUUGAAUUUUUAACUGGAAGCUUCUAAUUUUGUGAAAUUUCCAGCUUUACAGCCUAAAAUUUCAAAUAUUGAAUUUUUUACCUGAAAUUUGACAAAAAAUCAGGAUUUCGGUGAAAAUUUGAUGUUUCAAAUGUUAUUUUGAACUGGAAAAUAUCAGAAAAAAAAUUGAAACUAAAUUUUUUCACUAAAAGUUGCUUGAAAAUUUUUGGAAUUUUAAAGUUUAAAUUUCUUCAUUGAAAUUCAGGAUUUUUAUAUGAAAAUGUAAAUUCUAGGAUCGAAAUUUGACGAAAAAAUUGAUUUUUUAUGUAAUUUUGAACUGGAAGCUUCUAAUUUUGUGAAAUUUCCAGCUUUACAGCCUAAAAUUUUAAAAUUUGAAUUUUUUACCUGAAAUUUGACAAAAAAUCAGAAUUUUCAGUGAAAAUGUGAUGUUUCAAAUGGAUUUUGAAUUGAAAAAUAUCAGAAAAACAUUGCAAAUUAAUUUUUUCAAGUGAAAAUUAGAGAUUCAAAUUUUUUUAAAUUCAUAUUUAAAUUCAAAUUUUCGCCACCUAAAGUUCAAGAUUUUCAACUUUUUUUUCCCUUGCUAAAUUUUGAAAUGUUUUCAGCAUGAAAUUUGACGAAAAAUUAAUAUUUUCAGGCGAAAAAACUCGUGAAAACUGAAAAUUUAAAUUUUAUCUGAAAAUUGAGGAUUUUUAUAUAAAAUUGUGUCCACAAAUCAAGCUGAAAAACAUGUUUCUCUCUGAGAUUUCUGAAAUUUCUGAAAAUCACCUGAAAUUUGCCAAAAAUUAUAUUUUUUCAGACAAAAAAAUCUGAUUUUCUCAAUGUAAAUUUGAACUAAAAUCAAUUUUUUUAUCAGAAAAAAUCGGAUUUUUGACUGGAAAUUUGACUGAAAUUCUGGGUUUCUAGUUCGAAAUUUGUGAAAUCUGAAAAUUGAAAAAAAAAUCUGAUUUUCUCAAUGUAAAUAAAAUGUUUUUAAUAUCAGAAAAAAUUUAAAAAAUUUCUAAAAUUUUAACCAAAAACACCUUCAGCUCUGAAUUCAAAUUUUCUCAAAAUUUUUCCCAAAUUUCAAUCCUUCAUUUUUCUACAGCGACAAAUUCUAUCGAGAUCUCCACGAAACCGUCGAUUGUACUCCAGCUCGUUAUCAUCAAACCGCUCACAUUUUCUACGUCAAAGAAGGUCAACGAAACGCUGUGGAUAUUUUAGAAAAUGCGCUGAAUGUUCAAAACACUUGCGCUGAUUUUUGCCAAUUUUUGGCGAAUUUGGGAGAAGGUGUUGAGAUUGGUGUGCAUGACACGUGGACUGGACAUUGGUCGACUGCGUUUUCGCAAGAGAGAAGUGAGUGAUUUUUGGUUGAAGCAUUGCUCAUGUUAAAUUCUGAUUUCUGGCCGAAAAUUUGAAAUUAUCACUUUAAAAAAUUUGACCAUAAAGUUUCACUGUUUCAAAAUUUUUCAAAAAAAAAAUUGGAAAAUUCAAUUUCGGUUAAUCAAAUUUUCUAAAAAAAAAUUACUUAUGUUAAAAUUAUCCGAAAAUCAAGAUUUGCGGCCGAAAAUUUGAAAUUCUCACUUAAAUAGUUCCAGAAAAUUUCACUGUUUCAAAGUUUUCUCAAAAAAAAAAUUUGAAAAUUUAAUUUUGGUCAACCAUAUUUUUUCAAAUGAAAAAUAUAUGAAACAGAGAAUUUUUCUAAAACAUUACUCAUGUUAAAUUCUGAUUUCUGGCCCAAAAUUUGAAAUUAUCACUUUAAAAAAUUGGACCAUAAAAUUUCACUGUUUCAAAAUUUUAUCAAAAAAAAAAUUUGGAAAAUUUAAUUUUGGUCAACCAUAUUUUUUAAUGGAAUACUUAUUUCAAAUAGAGAAUUUUCAAAAACAUUACUCAUGUUAAAAUUAUUAUGAUUUCUGGCCGAAAAUUAUCAAAUUAUCACUGUAAAAAAUUUGACCAUAAAAUUUCACUGUUUCAAAAUUUUUUGAAAAAAAACAAUUGGAAAAUUUAAUUUCGGUUGUAUAACAUAAUAAUAACAUAAUAUAAUAAUAAACCGAAAUUUCAUUUAGAAAUAUUUGAAGCAGUAAAUUUUCAAAAACAUUACUCGAAGUUAAAAUAAUUCUAAUUUUUGGCCAAAAAUAGCAAAUUAUUACUUUAUGGGGCUAUUCAAGUUUUAUUAUUACUUUAUGGGGCAAUUUUCUCAACGCUGAGAAAAGCGAAGAAAACCUAUUCAGGUAGGCUGAGAAAAUACGAUGUUAAAAAGUGAAGAAAAUGCAUUUUCUCCGCAUUUCUCCUGUUUUCUCAGCGUGUUGAGAAAAUACUUGAAUAGCCCCAUUAAAAAAUUUGACCAUAAAAUUUCACUGUUUCAAAGUUUUAUCAAAAAAAAAUUGUAAAAUUUUAUUUCGGUCAUCCAUAUUUUUUGAUGAUGAAAAAUAUUUGAAACAGAGAAAUUUUUAAAACAUUACUCAUGUUAAAUUCUGAUUUUUGGCCGAAAAUUAUCAAUUUAUCACUUUUAAAAAUUUGACCAUAAAAUUUCACUGUUUCAAAAUUUUUCUCAAAAAAAAAUUGGAAAAUUAUUUCAGAUAAUCAAAUUUUCUAAAAAAAAAAAUUACUCAUGUUAAAAUUAUCCGAAAAUCAAGAUUUUUUCAAAAAAACAAUUUUGUUUCAUAAAAUUUCACUGUUUCAAAAUUUUCUGGAAAAUGUUUUUUUUCCAUCAAACAUAAGCCCAAAUAGGCGCGCAGUCUUGAAGCCAAAAUAUAAUUUCCAAUAAAUUUCACGACAUUUCAGCAGCUGAAAUUCAGCUCAUCAAUUUGAUCAUUUUCCAGAACCCCAACGCGAAUCCGACGCCGUAGAUCACUACAUUUUCGACGGAAUUCAACACGCUCUAUGGUGGUCAAUGGCCAACAGCGAAUUAGCCUUUUUAAUGCCAACCGAACGAAGUGUUCGAAUGUUCAAACAAUCAAUAACAUCACCAGCAAGUAGUUCGAGAAGGGGUUCGAAUAAUAAUAGAUCAAUGAAUUCCACAACUUCAGAUGAACGAUCUUUUGACAGUUCAACGGAUUAUUUGAAUGUGCGGAAAGGCGAAAAAUCGCCGAGCAAUCUUUCGGAUCGCGAUUUUGUUCGACCUUAUGCUGGAGGCGGAUCUUCGAUGGGUGGAGCUCAUAUUGGAAGAAGAACAACUGCGUUGAGAAUUAUGUUGGUGUGGUUGGAAAGAGCUGAAGAUAUGGCAACUUUUCCGAUUUUUGAAUUACUUGGAGCUUGUGAUGAUGGAAGUGAGCAUCUUCAACAAAGCUCAGCUCAACAGAAAGACACCUCACAAAUCGCGCAUCAAAUCUUAUUCAUUCAUUCAAUCGAGCCGGGAAUUGUGCAAAUUCGCACUCGCGGCACGGCCAAUCGUUUCGGUGAGCCCGGCCCAUUGGUGGAUGGUGUCGUCGUCUCAGCUGCCAAUCUACCGCGAUUCACUCGCUCCACAAUUCUCAAUUCGUCGCGUCGCGAUGUCGCCGAAAUUGAGCAAUAUCAAUUUCCGCAUAUUCGCCGAAAGGCGGCGAUUUGCGAAUUUGCGAAACGAUAUGCAAAGCGGGAGAGUUUUGAGAGUUGGCUGGUGAAUUUGAUGCAGCAGGAAAAUUAG